AGCGAGCCGACCGGGAUGAAGUUGUCAGCAGAGUACAGUGAUCGUAUGAUGGCGCAACAUGUCGGCCGUUCGCGUUUCGCGCCGGCAACGACUUUACUACUUGUUCCCGCGUGUGUCUCCGAGCUAGUGAACGUGAACGGGACGACGUCGUCGUUGACGACGACGACGACGGCGUCGGGGACGUCGAAGACGAUCCUUCGUUACGACGCCAGCCCGUCGCGCGUCCUCCAGGCGCCCACGAUAAGGACGGCGGCCCCGUUGUGGGCAGCGUCGGACCUUCCCGAAAAUCGUCGACCGGAAGUCGUGUUCCUGGGGACCGGCUUCAGCUCACGCCUCGCGCUGCGAUGGUCGCCGUCGAGCCGCGACUGUCCGACCCACUCGGACGACAACCUCUUGGAGAUAUUGUGGACGGCGUUUAUGCACGACUUCGCGAUCUACAAAUUUCGAAGUGUGCCCGAAAAUCUGACGGUGAACCUCUAUUUUUGUUGGAGAGAACACGAGAGGGACGACGAUGACGACGUGGACGACGGUGACGGGAGCAGCUGGAUCCACUUCGGCGAUCGCGUCUCAAUUAAAUUCCCGGUGAAACGACAGCCGCAUGGAGAAGAAAAAUUUUUUCGUGAACGACGAAAUGAUCAUCAGUUUCUUGAUGACCCCAAAACUGUCAUCCCGCAAAAUUACACAGACACGCAUAUCGAAGGGUUACGAAUCGAGACGGCCGAGAAAGAACCCACUCACAGCGAGGAAGGAAUUCCCCAGAUCCGGGCUGGGACUAAGGCGGUAAUCCGUUUAUUCGGCACCGGUAUCACUCCAGAUACUCUGAUCACCUUCACCGACAUGCCAGCGGAAAGGGGCACCGUUUGCGAUAAAAUUAAAAGUAACGAGUUUCGAGUGGAAAAUGUAGAGGAGAGCACAGCGACCGUUAGCGUAGUACUUCCUCUGGGAUCGUCAUUUUACGUAUGCGCAAAACGGCCGAUGGGAAAAGAUAAGGACCAGGUACUCUUUAAACAUCAAGGAAUCGCACUGUAUAAUACUAUCCGCACAUAUGAGAAAUUACUACCGCUCUGGCUCAGUAUCAUCAUCAUUCUCAUUUGUCUCUGUUUUUCCGCGCUUUUCUCCGGUCUCAAUCUCGGUUUAAUGGCGAUAGAUAGGACCGAAUUGAAAAUACUCGUCAAUACCGGUACAGAAAGAGAGAAAAAAUAUGCGAGAACUAUUCAGCCCGUAAGAAAUCACGGGAAUUACCUUUUGUGUUCGAUUCUGUUUUCCAACGUUCUUGUCAAUUCGGUGUUCACGAUAUUGUUGGAUGAGUUGACAUCCGGGAUUGUUGCUAUUAUCUGCUCGACGUUAGCUAUUGUCAUUUUCGGCGAAAUUUCGCCGCAGGCUAUUUGUAGCAGGCACGGAUUGUGCGUCGGUGCGAAGACCAUUUAUCUCACCAAAAUAACGAUGCUAAUCACUUUUCCAUUAAGUUACCCAAUCAGUAAACUCCUAGAUGUUGUUCUUGGCGAAGAGAUCGGCAAUGUGUAUAAUCGAGAACGUUUGAAGGAAUUGGUCAAGGUAACGAAUGAAUACAACGAUUUAGAAAAAGAUGAAGUAAAUAUAAUUGCAGGAGCGUUAGAACUGCGGAAGAAGACCGUAGCGGAUGUAAUGACCAGAAUCGAAGAUGUAUAUAUGUUGAACUAUAACGCUGUUCUAGACUUUGAAACUGUGUCUGAGAUUAUGAAAUCAGGAUAUUCGCGUAUACCGGUGUACGAAGAUAUAAGAACGAAUAUAGUGACGUUGCUAUAUAUCAAAGAUCUUGCAUUUCUUGAUCCUGACGAUAAUAUGCCGCUCAAGACACUUUGCCAAUUUUAUCAAAAUCCAUGUAAUUUCAUUUUUGAGGAUGUUACAUUAGAUAUAAUGUUUAAACAAUUCAAAGAAGGUAAUAAAGGCCACAUGGCUUUUGUGCAAAGAGUUAACAACGAAGGCGAAGGUGAUCCGUUUUACGAGGUGAUUGGUUUGGUUACGUUGGAAGAUGUUAUUGAGGAAUUAAUUCAGGCUGAGAUUAUUGACGAGACAGAUGUAUUUACGGAUAAUAGAAGUAAACGUAAAAGACAAGUUCGUCAAAAAGUACCAACUGAUUUCACCAUAUUCGCGGAGAAGAAGGAAAAUCAACGAAUUCACAUCUCUCCACAGUUGACUUUAGCGAUGUUCCAGUACUUAUCUACAACUGUGGACACGUUUAAACCAGACAUUAUAUCGGAGACGAUCCUACGACGUUUACUGAAGCAAGAUAUUAUUUAUCACGUCAAAGUGAAAUCGCGUGAAAAAGCUAAAGCUGAUCCUGCCGCGAUAAUCUAUCAACAAGGAAAAGCAGUCGAUUACUUUGUGCUAAUUUUGGAAGGUCGCGUCGAAGUGACAGUGGGCAAAGAAAACAUGAUGUUUGAAAGUGGUCCCUUCACAUAUUUCGGAUCGCAAGCUCUUACCGCUAAUAUCGGGAUCGCUGAAUCGCCCACGAACGCGAAUCCUCAGACAGUCGGUAGUAUUCAAUCCGUUAAUCUGGAUUCUAUGCUGCGUCAUACCUUUAUACCGGAUUACACGGUGCGUGCGGUGACCGAGGUAUUCUACGUAAAGGUCAAAAGAUCUCUGUAUCUCGCAGCGAAGCGCGCUACACUUUUGGAAAGAAGGCAAAAGGAUCCGUUGCCUAGUCAAGAACAAUUCGACGACGAAGUGGAGAAGUUGUUGCAUUCUUUGGAGGAGGACGAUCGCAGUGUACCUGAGUCUCCGGUGUUGCUCGCGGAUAAAUUCGUGGAAAACGAGAAAGGAAAGGAUUCCGUGAUUCAUUCGCCCGUACGCAGCGUAACGGCGCCGACGUCGCCGCUUCCAGUUAGCGCCAGUCCAAUUACCAAUUCGAAGUUUGCCUCACCGCGAAAUGAUGGGAAAACUAAAAAUUUAUCAACAAAGAUUCAAACGAGUCCAAUGGAAACUCAGGCUAAACGCGAUUCCUUAAACACGCUAGACGCGGACAUUCUCGCCCGACAGUCCGAAGCCGCACGAUUAUUGAACACCACCAGAAGAGUCAGCGAAAAUGAAGAGCGAACAAAUCUCUUGCCUAAACAGGAUCACUCUUAACGCUUACAGAAUGGCCGACGAUACUCGGUUUUGUCGGCGAGAUCAAUAACAUUAAGAGCAUCGAGCGAUACAGAGCGGAACAUACUGGCAUGACACAUAUUGUUACUGUGACACUAGGUACUUCACGAAUUAUUUAGAUAUUUAUCAUAAGAGAAGAAAAACUUCAUAUUUUUAACUAUUAGCUUAGAAGCUGUACUCGAGAGAUGCCUCGGUUUUCUUUUAUAUAUUUAUAUAUAUUUAAAUUCUUAUUUAAAUUUUUAUUUAAAUUAUUCCUAAAUAUACAUUAUCAUAUAAAUACGUCAUUUUAUCGCGAUAGUUUAUAUAUGGGCUGCUCUUUAUAGCUGAACUGAUUGCAUUAGUUCAAAGUUUAUCUUUUUCUAAUGUAGAAUAAAAAAGAUAAACUCUGAACUAUAUAGUGCAGCCAGUUCAACUAU